AUGAAAGCCCCUAAACAAACUCCAAACUACAUCAACACAAGAAGUUUUAAGAACUAUAGAGCAGAGCAGUUCAGCAUUGAUAUUGCUCAUAUCCCUUGGGACACCGUGGACUUAAUGGAGUCAGUUGACGGGAAACUGGACGCUUUUAAUGACCUAUUUCUGACUUGUUUAGAUAACCACGCACCGAUAAAAACAGUAAAAUUGAAGUGUUUACAAAACCCAUCCAUCACUUCUGAGAUAGAGAAACUUGUAAAGACAUGGAACCGACUCCACAGGAGGGCUCGGAAGAGCGGAUCCGAGGAGGAUUGGCAAGCGUUCAUGAGUCUACGACGGGAUAUAAAAUAA